AUAAUAUUAUAAUAUCAUUAUUACACCUAUAGGCUAUAUGUAUAUGCAUGCAGUAUGUAAUAUACGUUUUUGAGUAUUUAGAGUUAUUUUACUUACCUUGUUUGACUGUAUCUACUUUUCCCAUGCCAAACGUAAACAACGAAAUAUUCUCACGUUAAACACGAUUUUGCAGACACCCCUUACUAUCUAAACGAUUAUGGAACUUUCUGGAUUUUGUCGGUUUUGUCUCAACGAAGACGGUACGAAAAAACCCAUUGUAGGCGACUCCGACGAUUUGGUUCAGAAAAUAAAUUUUUGUUUGCCCAAUAAAUUUUCAGAAGAAGAUUCAUUACCAAAAUUGAUAUGCAACAGUUGCCACAUAAAACUUAUGGAUACAUACAAAUUUUUUAUGUGUAUUCAAGAUACUGAAAAUCAUUUUCAUGGCCUCUUGAAUCAAAUGAAACAGACGCCAAGCGAUAGUGAAACAGAAAUAAAAACACCAGAAGUUACCAAACCAAGUAAAAGGAAAUCUGGACCAUGUAAACGUAUAUCCGUCAAGUCUACUAAAAAAAGUGCUGUUGUUGAAGAACCUUUACAACCUGUCGUUAAUAGUGAAACUGUUGAAAAACAAGACGUCGAUAGCAAACAAAGUAAGCCUCAGCAUGUUUGCGAAAUAUGUGAUAGACAAUUCCAAAAUCUUUUAGCGUUUAACACGCACGUUUUAAACCAUAAUAACGAACCUCCUUCUAUAUCUUGUGAAUCCUGCGGUUACACCACUCAACACCGUUCGUCAAUGUAUCGUCAUCAAAAGCGCCACCUCAAACAAUCAAAGUUUACUUGUUCGGAAUGCAAUAAAAAUUUCAUUACAGAAAGUUUGCUCAACGAACACAAGAACAAACAUACGGGCGACAAGCCGUUCAAGUGCGAAGCGUGUAAGAAGUCAUUUUCAUUGUCACGUUACUUAGCCACACACAUGAGACUUAUACACGGCGACACAAUAUCCUACGUGUGCAAUCAGUGUGGCCGUAAAUUUGACGACAGGAGUUCACUCGCUUUGCAUCGCCGUACACACAAGCGAGCCAUGUCGUGUCUCUGCGAUAUAUGCGGUAAAGAAUUGUCCAGCAGGGAACAUCUUAAGCUUCAUAAAAGGCUGCAUACCGGAGAAAAACCUAACGUUUGCACUUAUUGUGGUAAAGGCUUUGCUAAACAAUGUACUCUGGUAUUGCACCUGAGAACGCAUACCGGAGAAAAACCUUAUCAAUGCGACCAGUGCGGCAAAACCUUUUCACAACGAUCGUCGUAUGUCAUACAUUAUAGAAAGCAUACGGGCGCCAGACCGUAUGUUUGUGCUUGUGGUAAUGGAUUUGUGUGUAGAGCCAUGUUAAGUGCACACGAAAAAACGUGUGCUUUUGUUUUUCCUAUGAAUAUGUAUCAGACUAUGUAUUGAAUUUUCUCUUUUUAUUAACACUCUAUUUUUCUUUUAAUACUGUACAUAAAAAAUAAAAUAAAACCCUCUUGAGAAUCAUUGAAUAUUUCUUCCAUAGGUAUAAUAAACAAAAAAAUGUUUAUAUUGUUACUGACUACAUGUAGGUUUUAUACAGUUACGUCAAGUUUUUUCUUACUAUUAUACAUGAUUAAAAAACUUAUUCAUAGCUUAUAAUAUUAUGUAGUAAACCAUAGUAAUGAGUUUCCUAUAAAGUA